AUGAUGGUUCCAGCCCUGGCAAUGAUCGACACCACUCAUCAUGCACCAUCCGUUUCAAUGAAGACUUGUCGGUGGUGGCUUUUGGCGCUGCUUCUUCCGCUUGGAUGCGGGUGUGCAUCCUCUUCCAGUUUCCUGCCGUCCAACCAUGACAGAACAGCCAGCUUUCGCCGGGAUGCCUUUUGGAUAUGGGAUGAUCAACCUUCCAAACCCAACUCAUGGAUGAUCUUUCGACGUCACAUGCAUAUUCCUUCUCUAGCAGUAUACAAUCAAACACAAACUGUCAGUGUUCAACUGCAGGCCAAAAUCGCGGUGGAUUCCAAGUAUUGGUUAUGGGCAUGCUGGCACCAUUCAUCUUCUCCAUCGGAAGAAGAUCAUCACUGGAGAGAUUCAACGUUUUACAAUGGCAAUGAGACACUGUUACUGGUGCGAGAAGGAGGAUUGAAGCGGGGACCAACACCCAGAGAUACGUGGUAUGACACUGUCAACCUCCAUGUGCCCUACCAUCAUCAUCAUCAUCAUCACCAGCACAGCGGUACCAAACGCAACGCCACACUUUCCAUUCAGAUUCUCGUCUGGUAUUUCGGAAAGAACGGUUUCUCUCACAAGGAUUCUGGGCACGGUGGGCUCCUUCUCGAUGGGACAGUCUCGGUGGCAAACACAGCUCUUUGGCAACGGCCACUCGUCACGGACCUGCAGUGGAGCGUCCAAUCGCAUCCUGGUUUUGGGAGCGAGGAUGCUGGGGACACUCCCAAUUAUCGAUUGGCAGAACACAACAUUUAUUAUGAUGCACGUCGAAAACAAGCUCCACCGCCACCACUUCAGCCUGCGCUUCAAUUAGGACAGGCCGGGUCCAAGCCAUGGAAUCAAUUGUGGCCACGCCGGAUACCACAAUGGAAAGAUUUCCCACUCCAAGACUAUGCCAGUGUCCAGGUAGAAACGUUUCCCAAUGGUACAAUCAUCCUCCAUGCCCGGCUUUGGUACAAUACCCAGUUCUAUCCUUGGAUCCUGUUACCACCGCUUCAUUCCAAAGACAGCAACAACACAUCCAUUCGCGUGGACAUUCAAACCGACAAUUACCAAUAUCACAAACCCAACAAGCACAAACAGAGUAGUGAUCCAAUCUAUCUCCGGGCUACCUUUCUCACUCACGCGACAUCCAGUGAAUCGCAAUCGUUUGAAUCUCCGUCAUGGAUCAAUGGACACGUGGUAACGUAUCGCAUCCACUACUAUACCGGUACAACAACACCCACCGCUUCAAUACAAGUGCCUCGUGUCAUGUAUCGAGAGACUCGGUACGAUGCGUCUCUGACGGGACGGUUUCAUUCCAAUGACGAGUUUCUCAACACACUUUGGGCAAAGGCACAACGAACUCUGUUGGUGAACAUGAGAGACAACUUUAUGGAUUGUCCCGAUCGGGAACGAGCACAAUGGUGGGGAGAUGUGACGCUCGAGAUUGGACAGGCCAUGUAUGCCCUCGGCAAUCGUGCCAAGGCACUGGCGCGAAAAGCCAUUUCGGAUCUGGUCCAUUGGCAACAGCAAGACAAGCAACAAAAGUGUGACAAACUGCAUGCGCCCGUACCCGAAGGAAACUAUCCAAGAGAAUUGCCGCUCCAAAUGCUGGCCAGUAUUGGAUGGUACGGGAUAUACACGUACUAUUGGUAUACAGGGGACAGUGAAACAGUCAAGGAUGCGUAUCCACACGUUCGGAGUUAUCUUCGCACCUGUUGGUCCAUGAAUGCUACGACAGGGUUGAUCAAUCAUCGACAUGGAGACUGGGACUGGGGGGAUUGGGGGCAAAACGCGGAUGUGCCCAUUUUGGACAAUGCCUGGUACGUGUUGGCCCUUCGUGCGGCCAUUCCCAUGGCUCGUGUGGCGGGGUUUGAACAACAAGAUGUCGGCCAUUGGCAAGCGCAACUAAAGAAGAUCCAGCAAAACUUUGAUGUGCCAACACGAAGAUUCCCCCAAAUUGUCAAGGUUCUAAUGACGCAACGGUUUUGGGCAUCCCCAUACAUGGAAAAGUACGUUUUGGAAAGUCUGUUCAAAAUGAAACACGCCGAUGAAGCCCUGCAGCGGAUGAAGCAUCGAUAUCAAGCCAUGGUGAUGGCUCCCAAUAUAACCACGCUGUGGGAGCAAUGGGAUUUGAAUUCUGGUAGUUACAACCACGCUUGGGCUGGUGGCCCUUUGACGCUCCUGUCGGAAUAUGUUGCUGGAAUUGCGCCUACAAGUCCUGGAUGGCGAACCUUUCAUGUGAUGCCUAAUGACAGCCGAAACCUCACCAGGCUGAAGGCAACAGUUCCGGUCUCGAAUGACGGAAACGAUGCUAUUAUCCAUGUAUCCAUAAGAAAGAGAAAAGACAAGGGGGGCAAACAUUGCUUCUAUCGACUCGACCUCUCGUCACCCAACAACACUUUGGCAACUGUUGGCAUCCCACGAGAAGUCAAGUUUCGGGAAAACACCUGCCGUCUGGGCACAGUUCAAGUCAACAAUGUUGUGCUCUGGAAUGUAAGCGAAGGGAAAUUGUUGACACGACCGCUGGCAAGAGUUGAAGGCGUCUCGCUGAUGAAUGUCACAGAGACUCAUGUUCUAUGUCAGGCUAGCCCUGGCCAUGUACAGUUGAAGGGAGUGGCCAAGUGCACAUCCAAUCGCAACACAACAAUAAUCAAGGCAAUCACAUACUAA